AUGACCGCCACUCCGCAAGGGUGGAACCUGACGCGCGGCCCCCGCGGUGUGGAGCUCCAGCAGUGCCCUGUCGUGCAGUCCCAGCGAGGCCCCGGUGCUUCUGUUCUCGACGGGAACGCCGUCAAACGUCAGCUGUUGCUGCUCAGCCGGGAUGAGGCAGAUACCCUCGAGGUGCAGCCGCAGCUGCGCCCCCUGUCAGCUUGCGCAGGUUGCCCUCGAAGACGAGAUGGUACACGACACCAGAGGCCGGGUUGCGGAUGCGCAGCGUGGAGUGACGCUCCACAGGCGCCGAUGCGGAUGACAAAUCCGCCCUCCGCGAAGGCAUGA